AAGAAGAAGAAGAACAAAGUGACGUAAUCGUUUGUGCUGCUGGUACUAUUCACACCGGCUUGCGUUUUUUUUUGCUCUGUACCGUUUUUGACAGUCACCAAAGCGUGGAAUCAUCAUGGUGCUCGAUUUAGACCAAUUUCGAACCGAUAAAGGCGGUGAUCCUGAAGUAAUCAGAGAAAUUCAAAGGAAAAGGUUCAAAGAUGUGUCACUUGUGGAUAAACUAGUACACGCAGACACAGAAUGGAGAAAAUGUAAGUUCCGACUAACGUUAGCAUUAAUUGAAUCGGAUGGUGGUGUCCAUCCACAUGGCUUGCUAGCUUCAUGCACUUAUUAUAGGUACUUAAAAUAAAGCCGACCUUGUAGUCACCCAGAUAACAAUUAAGAAAUUCAAGCAUAAUACGUCAGUUCACGUUUUUAGAUAAUUCACUAUAGCUACCUGGAUAUUCUCAGCUAAACUCUAGCUAGUUGGUAGCCUGCGUUAGCUAGCUAGUUAGCCACCGAUGGUAUGUAAAUGGUUAUGUAUAGCCAGUUAGCUAUCUAGCUACGUUAGUUAGCUAGUAGGUAGCUAGUUAACGAACCACUUGGCGUACAACCAAUAACAAUCUUCUUUUCCAUAUCUUUAGUUAGGUUAUACCUGAUAUGUCGUUCAUUGUUGUCUAACAUUAAUUUAGUUAACUAAAACAAUGUAUGGUUUUGUAGCUAAACUAUCGAGGAAAAGCCAAACGAUGGCUAGCUACGUCAUCCUAUUCACACUGACUGUAGCUACAAUCUGAUGCAAUCCCCAUCCAACAUACCCCAUAGCAAAUGCAUCAAAAACUCGCUCCUCUAAGCGGUUACCGGGCUCGCUUCAUUGUUGCCUGUCAACGUUAUAGCUACUUGUGACACCUAGGCGCAAGACAUAAACACCAUUUAUAUUGAUUCAUGACAUGCAUAUGACGCUGACCCUUGCCCUUUCCAUGCUCACCAGGUCGUUUCACUGCCGACAACCUCAACAAGGCAAAGAAUUUAUGCAGCAAGACAGUUGGAGAGAAAAUGAAGGUACAUCCUGUGAAACUGCUGGUGAACAAUAUAGGCUUUACAAAACCUACAUGGCUACCUGUUUCCCCCCCAUCAGUCUGAAAGCAUUAUGUUCUAUUCUAUGUGCAGAUAGUUUAUUUCUAUCCAUUCACCCUGUUCUGUGCCUUUUCUGUUUACAGAAGAGGGAGCCAGUUGGGGAUGAUGAUGAUUCUGUCCCAGAUGACGCCCAGAACUUGGAGGCCCUAACUGCAGACACGCUAUCGGUAGGUCAGCUCGCUAGCCAGCAGUUCAUCUAUAUGCUGGUUGACUGCUUUAUGGCAGAUUCUAUUGGACUUGUGGGUCCCAUACUCAUGGGUAUGUUUCAUGUCUCUUUCCCCCCCUUUUUCUAGCCCCUCACGGUCACCCAGAUCAAGAAGGUCCGUCUGCUUGUGGACGAGGCAGUGCAGAAAUCUGACGGUGAGAGGGUAAAGCUGGAGGAGGAGCGCUUUCAAUACUUGCGAGAGAUCGGGAACCUCCUACAUCCAUCUGUGCCCAUUAGUAAUGAUGAGGUGGGUGUUGUGGAAUUUGAAUUUCUAUCAGCAAUAGGGAAGGGGAUGAAAGUACACAUUGCCUCUGGGAGAAAAUGCAAAUUCUGAUGCCUUUGUCCACUGUCUCUGUCUCAUGAAUGAAUUUUGUUUUGCCUCUCUGUUGUUUACUUGUCUACUCUGUAAUUUACCUUGUCGAUCUCUCCUUGCCAGGAUGCUGAUAACAAAGUUGAGCGCACCUGGGGAGACUGUACUGUGCAGAAGAAGUAUUCCCACGUAGACCUGGUAGUCAUGAUCGAUGGCUACGACGGAGAGAAAGGAGCUAUAGUGGCUGGGAGCCGUGGCUACUUCCUCAAGGCAUGUUCUUAGUUACACACUGUCACAUGGAGCCAAUACUCACAGGCAGAUUUAUACCCGCUGUAAUUCCAUUCAACUCGGUGUGUAUCCUUAAUAGUUAUCUUUACUGACUGUUCCCUUUUUCUGUUUUAGGGGCCACUGGUUUUCCUGGAGCAGGCAUUGAUCAAUUAUGCUCUGCGGAUGCUCCACAGCAAGAACUACGAAAUGCUCUACACCCCCUUCUUCAUGAGGAAAGAGGUCAUGCAGGAGGUGGCCCAGCUCAGCCAGUUUGAUGAUGAACUUUACAAGGUAUGAUGGAUUUGAAACAAAUCCUCCUUCCAUUCCUAUUGCGGGAUAGGGCAUGUUAAGACAAAUAUGUAGAUUUGAUGUUAAUUUUGAUAUGUGGGUGUUUUUUGUAAUGUAUUCACUCCGCCUUCCCUGCUUGUCUCUCAGGUGAUUGGGAAGAGCAGUGAGAAGUCUGAGGACACGGCCAUAGAUGAGAAGUACCUGAUUGCCACCUCGGAGCAGCCCAUCGCAGCCUUCCUGAGAGACGAGUGGCUGAAGCCAGAGGACCUGCCCAUGCGCUACGCCGGCCUCUCCACCUGCUUCAGACAGGAAGUGGGUUCCCACGGCCGUGACACCCGAGGCAUCUUCAGGGUGCACCAGUUUGAGAAGGUCAGUGGACAUUUUCUCAAAGUAGACAUGGUGGGUGUGUCAAGGUCAGUGUAGAAAAGGCCUCAGCUUUGUUAUAGUGCUUUGCAUUUUAUAGGCCUAAUUGGAGAAGGAUAAAGUCCUGUUAUUAUUGAUAAUUUACUGAUCAUGUCAAGCGAUACACAUUUUCCAGAACAGGUCAUUGUUUGUUUGGGUGGGUGGGCCUUUGCUAAUGAUUUUGAAAUGCUAAUCAACCCCCCCCAACCCACCCCCCAGAUAGAGCAGUUUGUUUUUGCCUCUCCUCAUGACAACAAGUCCUGGGAGAUGAUGGAUGAGAUGAUUGGGACUGCUGAGGAGUUCUACCAGACACUAGGGAUCCCCUACCGCAUCGUCAACAUAGUCUCAGGUAGGUCCUGCAGGUAGUCCUCCCCAACACGUCUCUUCCUCUCUGGGACAGAGGCUUAAUGAUCAAUUGCGUAUGGCAAAUCCAUACGCGGUUGGCCAAAAUAUAUUUUUGUUUAGGAUCUUCCUGAAAUUAAAUCCAUAGAAAGGUCCUUUUUGGAGGAAGGAUGAUUGGCAGACCUUUUGGAGUCCAAAAUGAUUAUUGAGAAAUAAUUGAUUGAAGUUGGGAAUUACCCAGGGUUUCUGUAAGACAACAAAACAAUGAGGCUGUAGUUGCUACAAAUCCUGUCUUGGUGUCAUUUGAAACCUUACCGUGUGCUCUGAAAUACGAGUUGUGUUAGGUUAAAGGGAUAGAGCGAGAUUCUGUGUGCAGUUUAAAGGGAGUUGAGGGUAGUUUUGUGCGCCAAUGCUAACUAGCGUUAGCUCAAUGACUGGAAGUCCAGUGUUUCUCCUCUGAAUUGUUUCCAGCAGUGGUGGCAAAGGUAGGGGGGCGGGUGGGUGCAUUGUUGCUACUAGCGUUAGUGCAAUGACAUGUUAGCUGUUCCCAUAGACUUCCAGUUAUUGUGCUAAAGCUACUUAGCAUUGGCUCGCGAAACCGCGUUCAACUUACUUCAAACUGCACGCCGGGCCAUACCUAGGGUUCAAACCAUACAUUGGUAUCCAUAAGUCCAUCUGACUCCGGGUAAGCAAAAUAGGGCUUAAAUGUCCAAUGCAGCUGUUUUUAUCUCAAUAUCAAAUAAUUUCUGGGUAACAAUUUAAGUACCUUACUGUGAUUGUUUUCAAUUAAAAUGAUCAAAAAGAAACAAAAGUAGCUUCUUAGCAAAGAGCAAUUUCUCAAGCAAGAAUUUUGCUAGGACUGUCUGGGAGUGAUCUGAGUGGGGACGGAAAAACUGAAACCUAGCUGUUAUUGGCAGAGGUUUGAAACUCUUUCUUAUUGGUCUAAACUAAUUUACCGCCAAAGCUCCAUCCCACCAAAACAGGCUGAAAUUUCAGGUAGUCUUUUCAAACAGCUCUUCCACUAUAAGGCAUAAUUAUUCUCACAAUUUCACAGUAUUAUUCCAACCUCAAUGUGUGUAAAUAUAGAAAAGACACAAGGAAAUCACGUUUUUUGACUGCACUGGGCCUUUAAAGGGAUACUUUGGGAUUUUGGCAAUUAAGCCCUUUCUACUUCACCAGAGUCAGAUGAACUCGUGGAUAAAAAGUGUAGGUCUCUGCAUCCAGUAUGAAGGAAGUUGGAGGUAGUUUCACGAGCCAAUGCUAACUAGCUUUAGUGUAAUAACCGGAAGCCUAUGGUAUCCACGAGUUCAUCUGAUUCUUGGGAAGUAGAGAAGGGCUUCAUUGCCAGAAUCUCUACGUAUCCCUUUAAUUGCCAGAAUCUCUACGUAUCCCUUUAAUUGCCAGAAUCUCUACGUAUCCCUUUAAUUGCCAGAAUCUCUACGUAUCCCUUUUAAUUGCCAGAAUCUUACACUAUUCCUUUGACUAACCAUCACUCAUAAACGUUAACUUGCCGUUUUUAAUAAGAACUUUCACAUUGUAAGGUAUUACAAUGACCUUGUAUCCUGUGUGAUUUAUGUGACACAUAACAGACAUUUCCCUUGCAAGCUGUUUUGGGAUGUCUUACUAGUUAUAUGUCUGAGCCUCUGUGUCUGUCUGCUCCAACCCAGGUGCUCUGAACCAUGCAGCCAGUAAGAAGCUGGACUUGGAGGCCUGGUUCCCAGGCUCCGCAGCCUUCAGAGAGCUGGUCUCCUGCUCCAACUGUUUAGACUACCAGGCCCGUCGGCUGCGUAUCCGCUACGGACAGACCAAAAAGAUGAUGGACAAGGUGAGAAUACCCAGUCUUUACAUAGAAUACACCCCCCCCCCCCCCCCCCCCCCGGAUUUGCUUCCAUAAUCAAAAAGUCAUAGUAAGAUGGAAUAUUUGAACCAGUUUUAAAACCACACUUCCUGUGUUCUUCAGGCUGACUAUGUGCACAUGCUCAACGCAACCAUGUGUGCCACCACACGUGUAAUGUGUGCUAUCCUGGAGACGUACCAGACCGAAGAGGGUGUCAUCAUUCCAGAGGUACUCCGGAACUUCAUGCCUCCAGGUGAGCCAUAGUAUUCUUUUUAACAGGUUUUGUGAAGGGGCCUGCAAUACUUGUGCCCUAUGCAUGGAAGAUGGCGGUCAUAAAAGGUUGUCUUUCUCACAGAGUACUUAUUUUACUAAAUGUCCCUAGAUUUAUAGUUGUUUCUAUGCGUAUUUGAUGACUAGUAUUGCCAUGAAAGCUGUGUGUGGGGAUGUAAUUUUCUUUCCUCUUCUAUAAAUGUUCUUAGGUAUGACAGAGAUGUUGAAGUUUGUGAAGCCUGCCCCUAUUGACGUGGAGAUGUCCAAGAAGCAGAAGAAGCAGCAGGAUGGAGGGAAGAAGAAGAAGCAGGGAGGUGGAGACCAGCUCCAGAACCAAGUGGAGAACAUGUCUGUCAAUGAUUCUUAGACGUCAUCAUCAUCCCAGUCCUUAUGCUCCCUUCACUUGUUAUCACAGAGCCCUGUUCUACUGUAGAACCAGAGUACUAACUGAAAGAUGAAUUGGAAAAGGGAAAGAGGCUGUUAACAGCUUGGGGGGCAAUGGUAAUGUUAGGUCUGCUGCAUGCAAUUAUCGUCAAUGUAAGAUCCAAACAAUGUCUAUCAAGUCAGAUCUCUGGAAUUCUGUGAAAUUUCAUUUGAGGCACUCUUGCGACAUCUUGUAUUCAAGGUAAUGUAUAAAAGGUGCUUUAAGAAAAUACGGUUGCUUUCAUGUUCCAAACUAAAUUUUAAUUAUUUUACUGCAUAUCACCAUAAAUUACACACACUGGCCUAUGUCUGUUUUGGGCUUUCUGUGACCCCCUCUCCCCCAAACCUCCCCAUUGUUGCUUGCCUUGAGGUCAUUUGCUUCUAAUUCCGUCUGUAUCUACUAUUGUAAGACGAGGCAUUGAUAAAGUGGUGCACUGUAACAAUACAAGAUCUGAAUGACUCUUUCCUAAUGUUUAUUUUUUUCUCCAAUGACAUGAGAGAUGUUAGUGCCUGCAAUAGCGAUAUCUGCAAACCAUCAGAUAGCGUCUGAACUGAAGGAUAUAAGAUGAAUGGCAAUGAGGGAGAAUUUCAUUUUGGUUAGUCGUUUACCUCCCUAGACCUUACACGCAAAGCAAACUCCCCACCUGAAGUUGAACAACUACAACAGUGUGGAGUUAUUUAAAAAGGGUAAGAUCACAAAUUUAACAAGAGUUUUGUUAUUGAGUAAAGGUGCUUUGCACGUCAUUUAUGGCCAGGGAUCAUGAGAACCAGUUGAUUUAGUGGUGUAAUAUCCUGAAACACUCUACUUUUGUCUGUUGUUCCAGGAGCACAGCCAGAGUAAAGAUGAGGGAUAUCUCUGACAGUGAUAAUGAAAGCAGUUAAAGUGCACACUUAGAGGUUUGAAACAUAACUGACGUCAAAACAGCAUGCAUAAUGUUAUACUAAUCAAUGAAUAUAUUUGUCCUAAUGCAAUAUAUCUAUUAGUUGCCCUGCUAUUGUUAUUGAGGGUGGGGGGAAAAAAAUCUCAAUUGAUUUUGUGAAUGUUUUUGCCCUCUGUGACUGGCACUUUUGGUGUGUGUAAGUUUCUGGGGCGUGUUGAUGAAGCCGUUCAAAGCAUUUUUCUUUGUCUAAUGUUAGAUUACUAGUGUGUCAUUGAAGUACUGUAUGACUUGACAAAGUAUGAUUGGUUUGUCAGUGGUGGAAAAAGUACUCAAUU